AUGGAGGGUCGGAUGGCUGGCUCGCAUAUCGAGGACCCCUGCAUUAGCCGGACUGACCCGUUCCCCUCAGUUCCCCCAUCCGCCUCCCCCCCCGCCUCCCCCUCCGCUCCCCCCUUUGCUUCCUCCUCUGCUCCUCCCUCCGCUCCCCCCUCCGCCUCCCCCUCUGCUUCCCCUUCCGCCCCCCCCUCCGCCUUCCCGCUGGACGACAGCACGCUUUACCGCGUUCUCCGCUGCCUUUCCGCGCGCGAGCUCGCGCGGGCGGCGUGCAUGUCCCACAUGGCAAUGCAAGGCCCGGAUCGGCCGUCUGCGUUUGCGCAGGAGCUCUCUGCGCAGCUGCACGUGCAGAGGCCUUCAGACGGGCGCAUGGUGCAGUUGGUCAGCUGCCAACCUCAGUACCAAGCCGAUGAUUUAGGCCUGUUGGUGUUUUGUUCCGUCUUGCCUGCACUGGUGUUUGGGACAGGGCUUUUAGCUGAAGUUGACCUGGAAUAUAGGGGGAUUAUAAGAGGAGGGGGGUCGGGGAGAAGAGGGAGUGCCAGGGAUUGUGUUGAGGGAAGUAGAAAGGGUUUUCAUGGUGUUGGUGGUGGUGGAGUUGAAAAUGUGGCGAGGGACGAUGAGGAUGAGGUGAGCCCUCCGCUGCCUGCUCCUGCGCCUGGGAAGAGUGUGCAACAGGAGGGAUCCAAAUAUGCUGCUGGUGGUGGUGUGAGCUUCGCACUAGCACUUGACAUCUUUGGGACUACUGUAGAAGCCGUGCAGGAAUCAUCCAGUAUCUCUGGUGUCAUUAGCAGCGGUUCGGUUGAUAUCUCUAGGCAGCUUGAAGAUGGGUGGAUUGGAAACCCUAGUGGAUCGGUCAAAGAAGCCGCUGAGGAGUCAACCAGUAACAGCGAACCUGUCAGUCAGACAACGGAGUUGCCAAGUGGGGUGGAUAACGUAGAGGUAGAGAGCUACCUUGUCAGUGCGAUUACUGACCCCUCUGAGGAUGAGAAUGAUGCGACCACUACCUCCGCUAGCACGCAAAGCUCUGCUGGUGCACCACAUGGUGUUGCCAAUGACGUCGCCGCUGGUUGCGACAAAGUCUGCUCAGAGAAGGUUGCUCAUCUUAAGUCUUCCCUCAAGGGAUCGGCGCCGCGUCCCUCUGGGCUUCGCGUCACUUGGGCUGCUGACGUGUACGACCCCAUUCCGAGCCUCAUCUCCCACACUCUUGGGAGGCGCAACCAACGCAAGAUUUAUUCCAGGAGGCAGCGGAAUGAACACGCGGGGAAGGGGAAGCAUGGAAAGGGUUCCAAGAGCAGCAAGUCCUCCAAGAAAUCUUCCAAGGAGAACGUUUCGGAGAAGGUGCCGGCAUGGGAGGCGGAAAAACCACCUGCUAGCUGUCCCGCAGCAAGCAGCCAGGAUAAGCUUUGUGAAUCGACAGGGGAACGCGCAAAUGUUCAGGACGUUGUCAAGGAGGAUACCGAGACCGCAGUAGAGGAGAAGAAGGACGAUUCUUUAGAAGACGACGGGUGGUCUAUCGUUGUUCCCAAGUCUCAUGCUCGCCGAUCAGGUCUCGGAGCUCACUCGCCGUCUUCCAGCCCUCCCCUGGCCAGCUGCAGUCCGCCAAAGAAAGAUUUCGCUCUUGCUUCGAUAGAAAGCCUCGAGACAACAAGCAUCACUGUCUUGGAUGCAGAGGAAUGCCUGCCUUCGUCCAGUAAACCUGACGGCGUUUCGCUGUUCAUUAAGGUUGGCAGUUCAGGUUUGGAGGAGGACAACCAGCUGUUUUCUCCUGAGAGCACUUUGGAAAACCCGGUCUUCACGUCCAGAGAGGGCUCCCCUGAGCUUUCUUCCAGUCCACCUGCUUCAAUCAAUCUUCUGGAGCGGGCUGGAACUUCGGUCUUCAUUCAAGAGCAUCAGUCAGAUGUCAAGCAGAGGUCUAGCACGCACAAGUCAAGUUCGCUCCUUGCCAAGGUCUCCAUGGAGCGGCUGGCUGGUGCCACAGCUCUAGCACAUGGGAAGGUGCAGGAGGGAAGGCGGCUGAUUUUCAGUGCGUACAUGUCUGCUCGGAAACAUGGAAUGAAGGGUGAAGUGGCUCGCUGCCUCAGGCUGAUUGCAGACACCCAGACGGGUCAAGAUCGGCUCAGUAGUUUGAAUGCUGCUGUUGAAGGGCUUGCCGUGGCUGGUGUGCCAUUUGAACAUGCUGAAGCUCUACUGUGUCUUGCACAAGCUGAGGUCCAAGAAUCGAUCAGUCUCUCAGGAUUUGCAUACACAAGCAUUGACAUAGUGGCUUCGCUCGAGAAGCUAAGCUAUAGCCUUGAAGCGCCACAGCAGAAUGCACGCUUGAUGAAGGCCAAGUCUCACCUCAGGACUGCUGCUGGCCUGCUAAUGACUGAGCUUUCAUCUUCCAAAUAUCGUUCUUACUCCAAGAGCGUCAUGAGCCAGUACAACUCCCCUACCGGGAGAAGGAAGAGCAGCAGCGGUUCCAAGAAAUCCAAGAAGCCUGAUUUGUUGGAAGAGGAGAGGUCCACACUGUCAGGCCUAUUGGGAAGUGUUCAUGAGCUGACUGGGAAGGUGGGGAUUCUGAUGCAGCAGUUAGACGAUGCCAACGUCGCCCUCCAUGCUGCUGCCUCAAAUGAGGACUGGCGCAAAGGCAGUCUGGGAAGAGGCAGCUCAGGUUGA